UAAACCUGACGUGGACUACGAUGCUUCGUUCUCGAAGUACAUGUAAUACGAAAGAACAAAAUCCAAAAUAAAAUUAUACUAUCGACAUGGAUGACUUGGCAGCAAAUCCGUUUGCACAGCUGUUUCCUGAUAUUAAUGAGGCAAGACAGUUUAUGAUGGUAUCUGCCUCUCAGAAACAAGAAGUUUUGGAGCGACAGGAAGCUGAGAAAGUUCGCAAAUGUAUUCAACUCAGCAGUGUUCUAGAGAAAGUGUUUUUAUUCACACUCGAUCAAGAAAUAGCUGAUGACAGCGAAAGGCCAUCAAAGUUGGUGAUUAUCAGAGAAUUGAGUCAGUCACUCCAACAGGGCAACCAAACAUGGUUGGACAUGAAAUAUAUAGAACAAGCUGUGUUUGAGCGUCUUCUGUUGAACAACCCUAUGAAUGAUGUCAUAUCAACAAGACACAAGAGUUCGUCAGAUGAUGCUAAAGCCCGACGACUCGCUGGAGAAGGAGAGGUGCUCCGGUACCUUAUGCAGUGCUUUGAAAGGUCCUUGGUUGCUAAAAAAGACAAACAGAAUGAUGAGUUUGCAUCUGAGUUAACAAAAUGCCAAGAAGUAAUGGUGCUGAAUGCCAGUACGAGUUUGCAGCAGCCAGAUCUAUACCAAGGACAGGAUCCCAGGUCACAGUUCAUACAGCUGUACCAGGAGGAGAUGGGUGGGGCUCUUGAGGAGGAAAGUGGCAAUAUCGAAUUCUUUGAUUUGAUUGUGAGACAGAUGGUGGCUUAUGAUGACUUAGAUGUAUUAGAACCUGUGUUUAGACCUGUGUUAGAAUAUGCCUCUAAAAAGUUUUCUGAGGACUUUACACUGUCCAGCGGAGGCAUCACGCGCUGUAUAGAUCUUCUAGGAUUCUUCACUCGACAUGAGGCUCUUGCCAAGAUAUUUAUGAAAUACAUUGAGCCUAAAGACUGGAACAGUGGCAAAGCUUAUGAGAGGACCCUGCUAGGCUCUAUGCUGUCCUUGAACUGUAUACCGGUGACAGAGCUGGGAACCAACCCUUGGUUUGACCAGCCAUCUUCUAAACAGAAGAGAGAACUAGAUAUAAUGGAAAGCAACAUUCACCAGUUGUUGGAGAACUUGGGGACAAAACUGCACAAGUUUUUGGAUACACUGAUCAGGAUCUCACCACACCUUCGACACCUUGUUCUUACCUGGAUAGGGAAAUGUAUUCACGCCAACCUAGGGAGAUCAAAAAUUUGGUCCUCACAGAUGCCACAGCUGUUCAGUCAGAUGUUUGCAUCGGAUGGGUUCUGCCUGAACUUGUGUUUUGUCAUGCUGCAGUUCUGUUACCCAAUCACAACCAAGGAGGCGAAGCUGUUGAUGAUACAACCUAGCUACACAACAGUCAUCACGGCUGACGACCAGCAUGCUCAACAAGUUGGAGUACACUCGAAAGGCUUAAACAAGGAGACCUGUCUCAUCCCUCUGGAUGAGAAUAAGCCCAAACUUCAGCCAGAGGACCACUACAACUUUGUCACCGAGUGUUUCUUCCUUACACACCAGUGUCUGAACGUAGGAUUCCGAACUGUACAUGGACGCUUUCUCAAAUUAAAUCAGAGUUUACACAGAAUACAGCGACUCUAUCAGGAUGUGAGAGACCAGGGGGAUAGUGCUGUAAGAGAGGUCAAAAGUGAGAUGGAUAAAGCCAUGUCUAUAUACUUGUGUAUAAAAGCUGCUCUCUGUGAGCCACAUAUGCUUGAAAAAGCACUAAACUUUCAUCUGGCAACAUCCAUCUGGCUGUCCAAAAUCACAAUAUCAGAUGAUGUCCGAUCUGUCAAAGAAAUCUCGUUUCCUUUGCCCGAGGAGGUUCCCCUAGCCAUAUCUCACAUUCCUGAGUUCGUGAUGGGUAAUGUUACGGACUUCACCAUGUUCAUGCACAGGUUCAAGGACAAUCUGUUUCAGGUUGCGAAGGAAAGACUUGACAACUUCAUGACGCUAAUACUGGUUUUCAUGGGAAGCCCAGAACGAAUGAAGAAUCCACAUUUACGAGCUGAACUUGCUGAAACUUUGGCAGCACUCAUACCCCCAAAGAUGGAUGACAAUUCUGGUCAAUAUGACUUCAUAAGACAUAGGUUGUUUUACUACCACCCCCAUGUGAAGCACAUUGCUGAGAAGCUGCUGCAUGUAUUUGUGAGUAUAGAGAUGACAGGUCAGAGUGUGGAGUUCGAGCAGAAGUUUAACUAUCGCCGACCUAUGUAUAUCACUUUGGAGCAUAUCUGGGAGAUAGAAACUCACAGGGAUGUCAUCAAGAUGAUGUCAGAAUAUGCUGAAGAACACAUAGAGGACACAGACCCACCGCUUUUCUUACGCUUUAUCAACCUCCUAAUCAACGACGCUAUCUUCCUGUUAGACGAGGCUUUAUCGUUCAUGAGCCAGAUCAAGGAGAAGCAACAGCAGAAGGAACGUGGGGAAUGGCAAGAGUUACCUCCCCAGCGACGCCAAGAGGAGGAAAACACACUUCGACAGCUGACAAUGCUAGCUCGCUACCACAACCAGAUGGGCAAUCAUACCAUCCACUCCCUGGAGAUGAUCACUAAGGAAAUCACAUCCAUUUUCUGCCAUCCCUCUAUUGUUAAUAGGAUAGCAGGCAUGCUCAACUAUUUCCUCCAGCAUCUUGUUGGUCCCAAGCAGAGAAAUUUCAAAGUGAAGGAUAAAGAUGAGGUAGAUUUCAAGCCAGAUCAGACAGUUUUAGAUAUUGUGAGAAUAUACAUGAACUUGGGAGGUACAGAUUGUUUCUGUCUGGCUGUAUCUGGAGAUGGGCGUUCCUACUCAGCAGAGCUCUUCCCCAAGGCCAUCAGUGUCCUUCAGCGUAUAUCUGCCUCUCCAGCCAUCAUCAGUGAUUUUGAAAUUUUCCAGGACAAAUUGACGAAAAUGCGAAUACAACAAGAAGAGGAAGAAGAAUUAUUUGAUGACGCCCCAGACGAGUUCAUUGACCCAAUCAUGGGUACAUUAAUGACAGAGCCUGUUCUGCUGCCCUCCUCCAAAAAUAUUAUGGACAAAAAUGUUCUGGCUAGACACUUACUCAGUGACCAGAGUGAUCCAUUCAACAGAUCACCUCUUAGCCUGGACAUGGUCACCCCAGCAACAGAGCUCAAGGAUCAAAUACAGCAAUGGAUGGCUGAGAAACGGCAGGAGAAAAACAAGUGACAGCAAUCAGUGAACAUUAUGGUAUAUAAACAGAGCGAGUUGUGAUAUCCUUGUAUUAUGUCUGUAGACUGCUACAGUCUAACAAUCCUACUAACAUUCGGUACGCUUAAAAAUCCGGAGUGGAAAGAACUCGUCCUGGGUUGCACUGGGCUGUCAGCGGAACAAUACCAAGUAUUAUUCCUGGGUCUGUAUGUGAUCACCAUUGCCACCACGUCAUUCUGAUUUCAAUGCCUCAAGUAAGACUCAUACCUCUGGUUAAUUAGUGUCUUGCUCAACUGAUUGAGUUAAAGAGAUGACCUCUGUAGCUGUGACGUAGUUUUUACCAGAGUCAUAUCAUCGUUAAAACUUAACACAUCAUGUAAAUAAUAAAAUGAGCCGGCAGUGAUACACACUGAAAUACUUAAACCAAUCAUCAGUAAACCAGCUGGCAGCUACAUCAUUUACACAAUUAAAUCAGAAAUCAAGAAGACAAUCCUGUGCAGUGUUUCCUAAAUUGUCAAUUAAAUAAUUUCCUGUUGUAUACAACAACAUCUGUGUAUGCCAACAUGACCAGUAUUACCAAUCUUUGUUUGGCUGAGCUUAUCACUUGUGAACGUUCCAAGUCAUUUUGAGACAGGGUCUCCUUGUAGCAGCUGGUUGAUACUUCACUGAACAUAUACAGGAGCCUCAUCACAUGUUUUUCAAAGCGAUUAGGGAUAAGUGGGUCCAUAUCACUAGUCAUGAGAUGUCAAUAUAGACAAGUUCUAUAUACAAAUGUUUAAUGUUGGAUCCUAGUUAUGUUUCUAGUGUACACAGAUGAACAAUGUCAAUACACAGGUUUAUACAGAAAUGAUUCUGGUACACACAGAUUAACAAGGUCAAUAUAGACAGGUUUAUAUAGAAAUGAUUCUGGUAUACAAUGGUUAACAAGGUCAAUAUAGACAGGUUUAUAUAGAAAUGAUUCUGGUACACACAGAUUAACAAGGUCAAUAUAGACAGGUUUAUAUAGAAAUGAUUCUGGUGUACACAGAUUAACAAUGUCAAUAUAGACAGGUUUAUAUAGAAAUGAUUCUGGUGUACACAGAUUAACAAUGUCAAUAUAGACAGGUUUAUAUAGAAAUGAUUCUGGUGUACACAGAUUAACAAUGUCAAUAUAGACAGGUUUAUACAGAAAUGGUUCUGGUACACACAGAUUAACAAUGUCAAUAUAGACAGGUUUAUAUAGAAAUUAUUCUGGUGUACACAGAUUAACAAGGUCAAUAAAGACAGGUUUAUAUAGAAAUGAUUGUGGUGUACACAUAUUAACAAGGUCAAUAUAGACAGGUUUAUAUAGAAACGAUUCUGGUGUACACAGAUUAACAGACUACUAAUGUUUGAUUUAGGUAGGGUAUACUGUA